GGCUAUAAUAUUUAUCAAGGUAUGAUGUGGUUUCUUUUCUUGUCUGACGUGUAUAAUCACACCUUUCGGGGGCCACAAAGAACGUCCUCGUGGCGAGGUGAACAAUACUAUGGCAGACCCAGAGUCACUCGAUCAAUAUGUCAUCUCCGAUUAUAUUCUACGACCUCCCCUCGACCCUGGCGCUGAAUGCGUGGUCCCCGAAUACCUGGAAGGCCCGAUAUGCUUUGAACAUCAAGGGUGUUGCGUACAAGACCGAGUGGGUCGAGUACCCUGACAUCGAAGCUCUUGCGAAAAAAAUUGGGGCGCCAGCUACAGGCACCAAGGCUGAUGGCAGCCCAUUAUACACCCUCCCCAUGAUUAAUGACCCCAACACUGGGAAGGUUGUUGCUGACUCCUUCCUGAUCGCCGUAUACCUUGAUACGACCUACCCAAGUGGAACUACCUUGUUUCCCCCCGGCACAAAGUCAUUGAUGGCAGCAUUAGAGGCCGGAGUUACAGGAAGCAUCGGAAGCAUUUUCCCUUAUCAGCUCGCCACGAGCUGCUACAUCCUGAAUCCUUCCAGUGAGAAGUACUUCAGAGUCACCAGAGAGGCGGCCUAUGGGAAGAAGAUUGAGGAGUUCUCUCCUGCUGGUGCCCAGCGUGACGCUGAUUGGGCCAAGGCUAAGGAAGGUCUUGUUGCUGUAGAUGACUGGCUGUCGAAGAACGGCGGAGGGAAGUUCGUCAUGGGAAACACCGUCACGUAUGCAGACGGUAUUCUCGGAGCGUGGCUCACCUGGAUUAAAGUUACCAAUGGUGAAAGUAGCGCUGUAUGGAAGGAUGUCGCGAGCUGGCAUGGAGGAAGGUGGGGUACCUACAUUACCAACUUGCAACCCUUUGCGACAGUGUUGUAGCUGCUCUCCCUACUAGUAGACAGACCAUAGACGAAUGAAGAUAGAUGUUCCUCCGUACUAUGACUAGAAGUGCCGAUGUGGUGUUGGCGCAAACCUAUUGCUUUAUGUGUUGCCAAAAAAAAAAAAGAAGAACUGUGCGGUAUAUGAAGAUUGCAGAUCUUUCGAUCAAGUCA